UCUCUAUAUACUGACCUGACAAAUCAGUUUCUUUACACCCCUCGGGUUCUUGGACUUUCAUUGGUGAGUUCUCUUGCACUAUCUUAACUCCGGCGGCCAUGGACGGCGGCGUGAAGGAAGCGCUUCUUGAGAAGCGCCACCACCAGGAAAAAGGGGGAGAGGGCUUCAUUAAAGAGUUCGGCGCAGAGUCGAAGACGCUAUGGAAACUCUCCGGGCCGGCGAUAUUCACAUCCAUCUGCCAGUACUCUCUAGGUGCACUGACUCAAACUUUCGCCGGCCAGGUGGGGGAGAUCGAGCUUGCCGCCGUCUCCGUCGAGAACUCCGUCAUUGCCGGGCUCGCUUUCGGCGCUAUGCUGGGAAUGGGAAGCGCGCUGGAGACGCUGUGUGGGCAGGCAUACGGUGCAGGGCAGGUGAGGAUGUUGGGCGUAUACAUGCAAAGGUCAUGGGUCAUACUGCUGACCACCGCGUGCGUGCUGCUCCCGCUCUACAUCUUCGCUCCGCCCAUCCUUCUCUUCUUCGGAGAGUCUGCCGAGAUUUCUCGGGCUGCCGGUCAAUUUGCACUGUGGAUGAUACCACAGCUGUUCGCGUAUGCUUUGAAUUUUCCAAUACAGAAAUUCCUGCAGUCGCAGAGGAAGAUGAUGGUAAUGGCGUGGAUUUCGGGCAUCAUUUUGGUUCUGCACACGGUUUUCAGCUGGUUGCUGAUACUGAAACUGGGGUGGGGCUUGGUGGGAGCUGCCGUGACUCUGAACCUGUCGUGGUGGCUCAUCAUCGUUCUGCAGUUGAUCUACAUAUUCUACACGAAAUCAGAUGGUGCUUGGGGCGGAUUCUCGUGGUUGGCGUUCCAAGACUUGUACGGCUUCGCCAAGCUCUCUCUGGCCUCUUCUAUAAUGUUGUGCUUGGAGUUCUGGUACCUGAUGGUAAUAAUAGUGAUAGCAGGUCAUCUGGAGAACCCUGUGGUGCCCGUUGAUGCCAUUUCUAUCUGCAUGAAUAUCCAAGGAUGGGAUGCAAUGAUUUCAUUUGGAUUUAAUGCUGCCAUAAGUGUAAGAGUCUCCAACGAACUCGGAGCUGGCAAUGCAAGAGCUGCAAAAUUCUCAGUUGUGGUGGUCUCAAUCACAACGGUGUUUAUCGGGGUGGUGGGCAUGGUGGCCGUUAUAGCGGCCAAAGAUGUCUUCCCCUACCUUUUCACCAAUAGCGAGGCAGUCGCUAAGGAGACGACUCGACUGUCGAUUCUUCUUGCAGUUACGGUUCUGCUCAACGGUCUUCAGCCCGUCCUGUCUGGGGUUGCCGUUGGAGCUGGAUGGCAGUCUCUUGUGGCGUACAUCAACAUCGGAUGUUAUUACAUUGUGGGAUUACCGCUAGGCAUACUGUUGGGCUUCGUGUUUAAGUUGGGGGCAAUGGGAAUUUGGGGUGGGAUGAUUGGAGGAAUUUGUCUGCAGACACUCAUCUUGGUAGUGGUUACUUCAAGCAGAAACUGGGACACAGAAGCGAAGGAAGCCUUGUCCCGUGUCAGGAAAUGGGGUGGAGCGAUUGCGGAUCACUGAGGGUGGAGAGAUACGGCUGCAGUGCAACCCCGACCGGUUCAGUCGGGAUAAAGCUCGACCGUGUCGCUUCAACAUGUUUUCAUCCAUCCUUGAAGUUGUUGCGGGAGAGUGAGAGUUGGGCAACAACAACGACAAGAACAACACUGGAAGUAGCAGUGAUCAAAUGCUCCGUUAACAUUAGCUGCUGCGCAUUUUCAAUUAUUACUUUGAACAUACAUUUUGCAUUGUUGUCAUUUUUCAGUACACGUUUAUUUAGUUCUUCGUACUCGAUUUCUGCCUCGAAUUACAUGAUUACAACAAUAUAUAUUUCAAUAAAUUAAACAAGAUUAAAAUAAA